AAUUUCGGUUAGUAUCUGAGUCGUACCGAAACGACACCCCUAAGACCCACCUGAGGCAGACCAAAACCCGGCUUAAACCCACCGUGGUCUGCUCUCAACUUCCCCACUGCGGCAAAGAGAACUCGGGGGCGAGCAAUUAAUCCAGAGAUUCACCUCGUUUUGCUUGAAAUCUGUGUGUGUGUGUGUGGGGAUAACUACUACAACUACGGUAAUGAACUGCCUCUCUCAUCAUGCGCGUUCUUACAUUUCCUUGGGGCUUCUCAAGAGAUCCAGCUAUGUCACUUCCAAGAUUCACCCAUGCUUUUACAUGCCUUCAAAGCUCUGUUUAAACCCUGCAAGUGUUGUCAGCCCACUCGGACUCUCCAGGGCUCAUUGUUAUUCCUCCAGAUCAAAGUCUGCUAAAUCGAAGAUGUUGACGGCUGUUUCUGCUGCUGAUAAAGAGAAAGACGCCUUCUUUGUUGUCCGGAAGGGUGACGUUAUUGGAAUCUACAAAGAUUUGAAUGAUUGUCAGGCUCAAGUUGGAUCCUCGGUGUUUGAUCCUCCGGUUAGUGUUUAUAAGGGAUACUCCUUGCCUAAAGACGCAGAGGAAUACCUUUCUUCUGUUGGGAUGAAGAACCCUCUCUACUGUUUUGGAGCUUCUGACUUGAGAGAGGAUAUGUUUGGCUCUCUCACGCCUUGUCUUUUCCAGGAGCCAGCUUCUUCUAAAGUUAAAGUAUCUGAAGAAGAAGAUACCUCAGAGAUGAAGUCAAAAGAUAUGAAACCUGAUAUUCCUUCUGCUUCCACGUCAUCGGUUUUUGAUCAGCUAAAACCAUCGUCUGUUACUUCAGAUGAAACUUGCUUUAUUGAGUUUGAUGGUGCAUCAAAGGGGAAUCCAGGUCUCUCUGGCGCAGCAGCUGUACUGAAAACUGAGGAUGGGAGCUUGAUUUGUAAAGUGCGUCAAGGUUUGGGGAUUGCCACAAACAAUGCAGCGGAAUAUCAUGGAUUAAUCCUAGGAUUGAGGCAUGCAAUAGAGAGAGGUUACAAGAAAAUUAAAGUGAAAGGUGACUCCAAGCUUAUCUGUAUGCAGAUUAAAGGUAAAUGGAAGGUAAACAACGAGGUACUCUCGAAGCUGCAUGAGGAAGCAAAACAACUAACCAACGAAUGUAUCUCUUUCGAAAUCAGUCAUGUACUAAGGAAUCUUAACUCUGCUGCGGACGAACAAGCAAACUUGGCUGUCCGUCUCCCCGAAGGACAAGUUGAAGUGGCGUGAAGGCUUUAUACUUAUUAUAUCCGUGAACGAAGAUAGAGUUUGACAAACGAAGCCACUAGAAUGUGGUGAAGAGGAGCGAGGAUGUGCCAUAGAGAUUUUUUACAGAAAGUGAACACAAAACAAUGUAGAAUCAAUCUCCCAGAAACAGCUAGAAGCUAAAAUAUUAUUUGUCGUCUUACUUUGCAAAGUUUCCACCGAGAUUCUUUUGGUACCUCUUACAGUUCUGUUCUUAUUUAACUUAGUGGGCCGAGAUUGGCCCAAUAAUAUUUCAUGUUGAACCCAUUUUAAUUUA